AUGGAACAUAUAUUUCUGGUUCUUUUACUCUUCGGUAAGGUUUUAUCUGUCGAAGCUCAGUUCAAUGGAUACAACUGUGAUGGCACCUUUCACAGCCGAAUCCCCGCUGAGAGGGACAUCAGCGUGUACUGUGGAGUUCAGACCAUCACCCUUAAGAUUAACUUCUGCCCCGUGCUCUUCUCCGGCUACACCGACACCGACCUGGCCCUCAACGGUCGCCAUGGAGAUGCCCACUGCCGAGGGUUCAUCAAUAACAACACCUUCCCCACGCUGGUUAUCUUUAGCAUCAGUCUGGCCACGCUGGAGUCCUGUGGCAAUGCUUUAACGGUCUCCACAGCCCAUGGCCCUAAUGCCUAUGGAAACAUGUCUCUGGUUCAGAUUGGGAGCAUUUCGGGGUACAUCGACACCCCAGACCCUUCCACUAUCAUCAGCUACCUGCCCGGGCUACAAUACAAGUUCAGCUGUAGCUACCCUCUGGAGUAUCUGGUCAAUAACACACAGCUCGCCUCGUCAGCGGCAGCAAUUUCCGUGAAGGAGAGCAAUGGUACCUUCGUCAGCACGCUCAACCUGCUCCUGUACAACGAUUCAUCGUACGUACAGCAGCUGGCGAUCCCCAUGGCCGGGUUGACUCUGAAGACCAGGGUUUUUGCAGCGGUCAAAGCCACCAAUCUGGACAGAAGAUGGAACGUUAUGAUGGACUACUGCUACACCACUCCCUCUGGAAACCCCAACGAUGAUCUCCGCUACGACCUUUUCUUCAGCUGUGAUAAGGACCCUCAGACGGCUAUCCUGGAAAAUGGGAAGAGCCAGAUGGGGCGAUUUUCCUUUGAAGUGUUCCGCUUCGUAAAACACAAGAAUCAGAAGAUGUCCACAGUAUUCCUGCACUGUGUGACCAAGCUGUGCCGCUCCGAUGAUUGCCCCAUGCUCAUGCCAAUCUGUGGCAGUCGGAAAAAACGAGAUCUCUCCGAAGGGAAGGAGACUAACGCAGCAUCUGGAAACGCUGUUCUGACUGCUGGGCCUAUCAUCACGCGGAGUGAAGAAACACCAACUAACAACUCGCAAUGGGGUCAUCUGAAAGCCUCCACAUUUCCAGUGAACUCAGUGACCAGUGCUCUGAUCUCUGGUGUGGUCAUUCUGGGGGUGAUGAGCACGUGUCUCUUCGUCCUCUCCCUCACCCUCCUCAGACGCAAAAGUCUUCCUCCUAGCAACCUCACCGGAGCGCACAACCCAGUCUUCAGCUAGAGACAAGUCUAUGCACUGUAACACCUGACCACUAGGGGGACUACAAUUAAAAGUAAAACUCAAAUCUAAUUGCGAUGAUUGUCAGAAAAAUCUAUAUUUUUACUUAAACGUAGGCGAACUUUACUGAUCCACAAAGGAAGUUACUUGGACACAGUAACUCACACAUCUCAAUAUUAUAACAAAUUAUAAAUGGUACAAAAAUUCAAAGUAAAGGUGCACUGUGUAAGUUUAUUGGUGAAGGUUCUGCAUUUGCUUGUCUUAAUCAAAAUGCUCCACAGUAUGGCAUUAAAUUUAUCCAUCACCCUAAAGACAAGUCGUCACAUCAUCAGGUCAAAUUACAGCCCACUCUCAAAGUUAUAAUAUAUUAAAUACAUGCUUUUCAAGGUAAUUAUGAGUGAAAACACUGAUAACUAAAUUAAUAUGACUUAAUAGAUGAGCAGGUGAUAGACCCUCCACCAGCAAAGUUGCACAUUUAUGUCACAAAAAUUGCGAGAGACUAAUAUAUCAAUCAUAACACACAGAGAGAGACUGGAGCAAGAAUAGAUCCUAACAUAUUACAACCCAGAAACCAGUUGACCUGAAAAUCUUGAUUUCUUUGCAAGAAAAAAGUGAAUGUGGAAAAAUUGGGACACUGUCUCCCUAAGUGGGACAGGGGACCGGUGCCUAAAUGCCAGUGCAAGACAACCAAAAGAGGGGCAGGUGGUCACUCUAAAGACACAGAUACAGGUCCACUCUCAUUAUAGCGUUCAGGAAUAACUUUAUGACUUUUAUUUCAGACUUUUUCUACAUUUGGAGCUUCAU